GACGUCACUGCAGACAUGGCGGUUACCGUGUAGACGAGAUGCUGCUUUGUCUGCGCAGAAUUGCGCAGCUAAAUGAAAGAACAGGUUUACUCCUACUUGUUUGAAUAACCACCUACAAAAACCACUGCACGCCUGUCUUAAACGCACCAAGAAACGCUCUUCUUUUGAGGAAAAUACAACUCGAUUAGUGUUUGUUUGGCUUGCUUCUAUUGUUAAACGACGGGUUGUGAGCGGUCUGCGAAAGGAGCUGUGACGUUAUAUCCGGGAUACGCCACUCGAACUCGGCAGCCAAUGGAAGGAAUUGGUCGGUUUAAAUGUCCGAAGCCCGGAGUCGAGCUUCAACUGAUUCGAGCUUACCUGUUCUGACUUGAACGGACCGGACCGACCGACUGACAGUAUGGGGACCCAGAAAGAGAGAGCUCCUUCAGAAUGGCUGCAAAUGGCCAACAACCUACUGAGCAAAUGUUGCAUAAAUCUGAAGUUGAGAACCAUCCGAGACUGCAGUGCUAGUGUAUUUGUUGCACUCUAUGAAGCAAUUUUAGGAGAACCGGUCCCUGAUUACAUUGCUGCUCCUAGAAGUCAGGAAGAUGACUCCCACAAUGUGCAGUCUGUGAUUGACUCCCUUGCACUGGACUACCUGCAGAUCAGUUUAUCACACAUCACAGGAGAGAACAUUGUUCGGGGAGACAAAGAGUCUAUUAGGAACUUGCUUGAGAUUUUUGAUGGCUUGCUGGAGUACUUAACAGAGGAGAUCAGUGAUGCUUCCUCUGAAGAAGAAGAGGGGGAGAGAAAGGAGAAAGAACACAACAGGGAUAAACCCCCAGAGGAAAAAGAAUUGCAAGGAGAGCUACAAACAAAAGGACCAACCCUCUCAAACUCCCCUUUGCAAUGUUCAGAUGAGGAUGGAUCAGACUCCACCGGUGAGCUGAUUAAACUAGGUGACACUGCUGCUAGAGUAAACCGAAGCAUUGGAGUGACACCUUGUCCCAGAGUGGGCAGGUGGGUGGAGGAGAAUGAUGAUGAGAACAGGCCCUCUACCUCUGGCCUAGGUGCUGUAAAGGCACGAGUGGAUGGCAUGGUCUCAUCUAACCAGCUGGAGACCUGCAGCACUACACAGUCCAGAGUCAAGCAUGCUGACAGGCCAGUUUGUCAGGCCAUACCUUUGCAACCUCCAUACCAGCCUACCCAAACCAGAGCAGAGCCUUUGGCGGACCAUAUGUUACGAGGACCAAAGCAGACCAAUUCGGCCUUCUUGUAUGAGCACAGAAGCACUUUACCGGAUCAAACUAUUCCUGAAAUGCAAAGAUCCUUGUCUCCUCCAGUAUAUGCCAAUGAGGGCCCUUCAGCUUCUUUUCCAGCUCAUGAGGAGACAAAAAGAAGCCAGUUGAAGGAGCAGGAUGCUAGUCCGCCAGUAAAGAGUUGUCCUCAUAGUGCCUUCAAAAGAGUGGCCUUUCGCUCACAACCCGAAGUUCGACUGAUGAGUUUAAGCCGUGGCACCAGGAGUUAUGACGGGUGGCAGGAAGAUGACCCGGCGGACUCUGAUGAGAGAUCUCCAAUAGACCUGACAUCCUCUUUUCAAGACGAACCAUUGUCACGGAGGCGUGCCAUGAACAGGCGAGCUGAAAGAGAACUUCAAGAGAUGUCUGAGAAGCUUUCACGCAGACUGGAGGAGCUGGAUCUGAUGCUGAAGGUGGCACUACAGGGAAAAUCUAAGCCAACUGGCGUAGCAGAUGAGGAUUUGUUAUCUCACCACAGUGACAGCGCCAUGGAGUGCAAACAGAGGAAGUGGGGCUCUGCAGCACCAGAGACUAGUAAACUGGCACGAACCCGCUCCCUCUCCCCAUCACCACCCCGUGCGUGUCGCAGCCUAUACUCAGAAUUCGAAGAUGUGCUAGGGCAAGAUGAAAAUGAGAGGAGAAAAGGCAAGGACCAGAAUGUGAGGCAGAGGAAGGACUUGAACAGACCAUGUAAGCAACUCUCGGCAAAGCAGCCAGUCCAAGCCAAGAAACCUGUCCCCAUGAAGAUCAAAGACCACAAUCUUCUCCCACUGCUGCUAGAGGAGUUCCCUCAUCUUCAAGUGUCUCACCCAACACUAAAAAGGAUGUGGCAACAGCAGUUCAGGCAGAUAGAGCAGCUCUCGAGCCCCUCGAAUGACUACAGGAGCAGAGUUAAGCUCAUCAGUGAGGUGGAUGAUGCACAACGAAAACAUGAUCUUCUGGCAGCAAUUAUCCGAAAAGAAAAGGAGCACAAUCAGAGGCUGAAAGAUUUUAAACAGCGCAUCCAAGAGCAGAAGAUGGCCAAAAGACAAGUGAGGGAUCACAGGCAACAGGUUGCACGGGCAAGGAAAUACUACAGUGAUUACCACGUCCAGCUGCGUGCCAAAAUGCUGAGAGCGAGAACACAUGAAGAGAGAAUAUUCAAGAACUUGUUCGAGGAGGGCUUAAAAGUGCAGAAGCAACAGCUACUGGAGUUGCGUUCCAAUGCCAAGCAGCAACGGGAUGAACAGUGGAGACAGCACCAAGAUCAGAUGGAGUCGAUGGAGAACUACUACAAGAGCCAGUUUUCUCUAAUGGCUGAAAUGCUGGCCCAGGAGCGAGAGGACAUCCAGGUGCGAAGGAAAGCCCAGGAGAAGGCGCUUCAAAAAAUGAAGAAGGAGCUGCGCGAUAAGAUGAAAGAGGAAAUUGAUCAGCUGCAGCGCGUCAUCGUCCAGAACGAUGAGGAUGACUACUUCCGCAAAUUGGAGGCAGAGCGGCUGAGGCAGCGAUUGCACAUGGCUUCUUUCCAGUACAGUGCAGGCCACCUGCCUUGAUGCCGACGAUGAUGUAAACUAAUCACUUACCUUUCUAAUGUCUUAAUAGAAUCAGGGUUUUAACUUAUUUAUUAAAUCGUGUGUCGCAGCUAAUAAUGACAUUAAAGACGUGUAGACACUGUGAAGGUGCAAACAGUUUAUUGCUCAUCUGAUGCAUCUGGUACAUGAAAGUAAACAAGAGUGGGAAUGUGGACAGCGAAACACACAAAUAAAUACAGAGAAGGAAAUAAAAAUAAA